CAUUUCUACUGAUUACUUCAGCUUUUAGGGAAUUCACCUUUACAACAAAUAAUCUCAGACACAAAACACGGUGAAGUUCGUGUCUUGUGCUGCUUACGUGGUGUGUCAUAUAUAGCCUACACACCCUGCACUCAAAUGCGUUGGCCUCGCAUAGAUAAUUCUAAUGCUACACAUUAUAUCAGCUCAGCAUUUUCUUUAAAAAAAAACAUCUAUUUAGUAGGUCACAUCUGGAUAUGCGGAAACUAUAAUAAACCUUCUGGCCACAUUUAUAUUUUAAAAAUUUGAAACAUCCUUUACUUUUCGAACGCCUAUAAUUAAGCAAUUUCCUAGGGAAACAAGCAUAUAAGUAAACCAUGGCUGUAACGGUAUAAUGUAAGCAUAGAGAACCUCUUCACUCAUUGUAGAUAGGCCUACAUAUACAGUGGGCAUGACUGUGUUUUAUUGGCUAAAGCGUUUACCCAAUAAUAUUAUAAUAACACCCUACUUCCUGCUAAAAGAAAAAAAAAAACAGCGUACACACUUCCUUCUCAUUACGUUGUUAAGAUUAGACUAUUGUGACCAUGCUUCCUGAAUCAUUUUGUUUACACUGGUAACCGCAGUGUAGCCCACUGCACUAACCCCGUAACUGUCGAUAGACUUCGGAAGUGAUGUUCGAAUAUAAUUAGAUUUAAUUCUGAGAAUUAGACCUUCAGACCGGUUCCAGGUAAAAGUCAUGUGAUAAUGUGAAUUGAAAAGUAAAAAAAGACAUGAAAGAUGUGACAAGAGUGUUGACUUACUGAAUAAAUAUGUUUGAACUAUUGAAAUAACAUUAUGGAUGCAGUUACAGAGUCAGACCAAACAAUGAUUGUGGCAUCAACACAGACAGACCUUAUCACCAGUGACAUUCUCUGGCAGUGUCUGUUUGUUAUUAAAAAAGAAUUUGUCAAUCUUGAUUAUAGAAUUACAAGAGGUCAGAAGGGUCAAGAAAUGGUUGUUGUUUACAGGAGUGAUGCUUUCGGUAUUUUUGGCCCACCAGUUGAUCCCAUUACAUUGACACUUGAUCCAUCUGGGCAGAGUCUUCUGUCCAUUCUGUUUAAACCUGUUCAGAGAGUCUCAUUUGUCUCUCCUAAAACAGGCUGCAUUGAAGUAAAUACGUUGUUGAAGCUGCUUUUGCUGGUGGCUGGUAAAGGUUUCUACUUUUGCCCAGGAAUACCAGAAAACUUUUUAAUAGGAAAAACAUUUAACAGGAACGUAAUGCUGCACAAACUUCCAUUCAAACGCUAUCAGUCCACCAACUGUCCAGUAUAUUACCAGUGCUCUGAGACAGUUAUUAAGAACUCCAAAGCAUCCUGUAUUGCAAUAUGCCAGCGGUGCUUGCAAGCAGCAGCAGCUAUGGGGCAACCGCAUUCAUCACAAAAUUAUGCCAACAGCACGAAAGCUGACAUUCCAAACAAAACAAUUUAUGUCGCUGUUACAGAAGAUAAUAAUGGGCUUUGUCCUAGAGAGACUGUGCCACCACACAGUGGUUUCCAAGUUUUAACUCCCUUGUCUUCAAAUCUGAAACAGGACAUAAAGAGAGUGACUUCUGGGGAGCUCCAUAAUAAUUAUUCAAAAUUAAGUCCAGUUGACAGUAAUGGAUUGUCUGGGGUUGCUUCUGCUGAGAACAAAUCUGAUGCCUUGAUAGAUAAAAUAAAGUCAGGCACUUCUUCCUUGAGGCUAAUGCUACGAGAGAAGUAUAAAAAGAAAACUCUUGGAUUUCCAGAUGAAUCUUUACAAGACAUAAAAUCUGAAAGUGUCAACAACAAAAUGGAAAAAAAGUCUAAAUGCAAUGUCUGCAAGCAAUGCAAGAAACAAUUUUCCACACCAGCCAGCCUUCUAAACCACCUUCAGCGUCAUGAAGGGCUGCCAGGCUCGUGGAAGGAUCGUUUACGCUCAAAGAGACAAGACACAAUUGGCACAAAAACGUCUUCAUUGCUAAGAAUGAUAGCUCGCAGCUCUAAGCCUCAGGCUGGUCCUAAAAAUAAAAAGAACUCACCAGCCAUUUCAGAAAAUGCUCUCAGGAUGGUGUUAAAGUACCUAGAUGUUAUAAUCCCAUCGAUGAAUGGAGCUAGGACUGUGAAAAAAGAACAGACCAAAUCAAAUAGUAAACCUUCCUCAAAGCAAAGUUCUAACUCUGUACCUGCAGCUAGUGAUGAUGUAAAUAGGCCCUCUAAUGGCCUUGCCGCUGUGCAGACAUUGUUGGAAGCUGCAGCCUUGACAGGAAGUGGAUUAGAUGAUAUGAAAAGAACAAACCUUGAUGGCCCUGGGAGGAAGCGUAAAGCAGUGGCAGCUGUUCUUCCUGUACCACAGUCUUCAUCUUCUGAGGAUGGUUGGGCUAAAAAGUCUAGAAAAAGCAUGCGGUUGGCUACAAAAAAAUCUAAAGGAAAACUCAGUGACUUGAAAGAUACACAAAUGGAUAAUUCACCAUCAUCACAUGAUACAGCACUACUUAGAAACUUGGAUCUGUUGUCCAGUGUUAGUUUGAACCUUCAUGUCCCUCCUACUAAUGUAACCACAGCUCAUGUUACUUCAUAUGCUCCAGUUUCUCCGCAUGGAUCUGCUUCUGUUUUUGUGUCAUCCAGUACUGUUCACCCCGUGCCUCAUUCCUAUAAUGUAACUGUUUCUAAUCAUGUCCAGCACAACACCUCUGGCGGAAAAGUGGUUUGCAGUAAAACUUCUGAUGCGCUGGUUGACUCCUCAGGUGCAAAGCUUCCCCCUGUGCCGCCGCUGCUCUUUGCAGGCCUUGGCCAUGAGCAGUCUGUCUUGUUCAACGGUUCUGAUGUACAGAAGCCGUUUGGCUCCAGUUCUGCUGACCUGCCUGUUGCUGGUUGCCCAUCCAUCCUCAGAAGCCUUGUGUCUGUCAGUGAUGCAUCCAGCAGUGACUGUGGAGCUAUUGAUUUGUCCAAACCCAAACAGAUGGGAUUAAGUCCAAACAUUCCACAGGAAAUGCAAAUAGGGGCACUUCCAAGACUUUCUGACAAUUUGGUACCAGUGGGUAAAGAAGAUCAGAAAGAGCUGUUGAAAUGCAUUAUGAUGAUGUCGAAAGCUGCUCCCAUUGCGCCAGCACAGCCUCCUGAAAGUGUCAUCAGUGACAAACAGUCAGACUGUAAUUUGCAGGCGCGUAUGUUUGCCAGUGCACGUGAUUAUAAAAUUGACAGGAAGUCUAAUAACAGUGUUUCUCAGGUUCAGUCAGUGGUGGCCUCCUCUGCCAGUCGGAUUGUGCAGGGAGUGAAAUGCGGUAAAGGGGGCGGACCUGGUGCCCCAGUACAAGGUGAUGAGAUUCAGUGCGGGUACAAAUGGAGUGGGUCUGGUGGAUUGGUCAAAGAGCGCACUCAGAUGGUCAGGGAAUUGGUGCCAGCUGAUAUUAUGGACAGUCUUCUCAACAGGUCUAUCCCUCAGAUCAGUCCGAUGUCUAAUGCGCAGUCAUCAGCUAUAAAUCUUUCAUCACCACCAUUGCCACAGCAUCCUCAUCAUAUUUUGAGCAAUGCAUGUUCACCAGUCCGAAACUCACCACCAACUAUUUCUGCCUUAAAUCUUACCACAGCUAAACCUAACCACAUUCCCAGUCCUAAGAGAGCUGGUCCAGGAAGGCCGAAAAAAUCUGCCACCACCAGUUAUCCACCAUCACCUCCAUCCAUCUGGCCACCUGCACCAAACACAAGAAGUAUUUUAAGAUCAUCAUUGAUGCAUCCUCCAAGAGCACACACUCCUACAGACAGAGGAACUAACUCUGGAAGCUCCCCGCAGAAGACUGUCCAUUUGCCCAACAAUUGUGCCCCAUCGCCAAAUUCCUUAGCAUCUUCUGUGUCUUCUAAUGGGGCCGUUUCCAGCCCAUCACUCUCUGCCAUGCUCCGUCAUCCAUCUUCCAUUAAGAAAGACCUAACUUACGAUUACACAGGCAGCGGCUAUUUCAGCAUAGAUCCUAUGGCCUUACAUGGUAAUAAUACAACAGCUUUUUCGAAAGGUGUGGAAAUAAAGUCAGAACCUAUGGAUAAUUUCUUGCAUGGCUCACAUGAUAGAAUUAUUAUGGCCUUACCAGUCAAGAAUGAGGUGUCAGAACAACACAGAGGCAGCCAGUUAAUUAUUGAUGAUGAUGAUAGUUCUUCAAAAAAUCUGGUAAUGGAAAUAAGAUGAAGGCAGUCUGAGUGUUUGACAAAUGAUGUGUCAUUUGCUGCCCUUUGAGAACUCAGUAAUACUUUCUAUUUUAAUAAUUAUAAAAAGUUUAAAAAAAAAAAGUAGUAAUUUUGUUAGUUGCAUAUCAUAAAUUUAUAUAUUAUAUAAAUCAAAUGCUUGCGACACUCAUUUUGUUCACAAUUGUAUAAAAACUUUAUAUACAUAUUAAUACAGCUAGUAUAGCACUAGAUAUAAUGCCAUUAGAACUUGGAUUUGUUGUAAUUAUGGCUUGGCAUCAAGAGAGGUGCCUUAGUGGCCAUGCUUUAUGGUGCUGGGUGUGUUAAUGUUGACUUCCUUAUUUCUCUAGCCAGGGUUUUGCUGUGUGAUGCUUUUUACAUGAACUUGUUUACCUCAUGCUCCUCGGGUGAAACUCAACACUUUGUAUUUACACAUAAAAUGAAAAGAUUUAUUCUUUAGCCAAUACAUUCUUCUCUUUCCAAGGGAUCUAGUGUAAAUAUAUCUCUAUUACAAUGCAUGCUUCAAGUACUGUCCUUAUGGAUAGAUGAUUGACUCGCUAAUUUACUAAUUAAUUAGACUAGUGCUAACUUUUAAACAAAAUUUCUUUGUUUGAUGAUUUGAUUUGAGUGGGUGCAAGCUGAGGAAGUUUUGGACUAUUUGGAAAGCAAAUUUUUCUUCAUUUCUUGACUUGGCUUUUGAUAAUCAUUUUCUUUGGACUUGGUUCUUUUUUUUUUGUUUGGAUACGGGGUGAUUGUUUCUCUGUCCGCCCAGAUUUGUGUGUUUUCUCUGCAUAUAAAUGUAUCAUUUCAUAUAUAUUUUAAGUUUUAUCUGUAGCGAUUGACUCCAUUUUAAUUUGAUCAUGCCUAUCUAAUUCUGAAAUAGUUCAAUAUUAAGACAACCAGAACUGCCUUUAGAUCCUUUCCUUUGUGUGUGUGUGUUCUCUUUAGGCAGUGUAUUUCUCUUCUACCUUCUGUUUAGUUGUAAACAUAAUGUUAAAACAUCAUCAGAAGUCAGGAGGGUAAAAUCACAAGCAAAUAAAAGCUGUGAAUCUAUCAUUUUAUGUGAUGUGCUGACUAGCAAUAGAGGAGUACAGAUGUAUUCCUGACCUUCAUUUAACGCAGCUUAUUGUCUACCACAACACGAAAUUCCUGUUAAAUUUUUUUUUUUUGAGUUUCUCUAUAUCAGGAUAUCAUUAUACCAGCAAUAAUAGGUGCGCAAGGGGAUUUUAUCAGAGAGUCUGUUGUUUACUUGUAAAUUGUCAGGGCUUGUAAAGACUUAUACAUAACAAAAGCUUGCAGACUCAAUCCUCUGUAAGUGAUACUUUUUUUUUUCUGUGAUUUUUAUUGUUGAAAGCAUUUAUUAUCUGAAUUGGCCAGUUAAAGAAACAGACACAUUGGAUGUAACACAAAUGGCAAAUGUAAAUGUGUAUGAUUAUGGAGUGGUGAAGUAUCAGUAUGAUGACAUUAUAUAUAUAUAAUAUAUUAUAUAUACUUCUGUAUACAUUUGUAUAUAUUACUAGAGAUCGUUUGCGUCUGUGCAUAUUUGAUUGAAAGAAGCAUUUUUACAGCUUUAGACAGAAAUAAUUCAAAUAAUCUAAUUGUUGUUAAGCACAGGGAAAAGGUUCAGUAUGUAAACAGGCACAUCAUUUAUUUAUUAAUACAAUUUGUAAGUAGAGAUCAUUUUUAGUAAGGCUUUUCAGUGCUCUACAUAUUUUCAUUUAGACUAAAUAGACACACUUUGUGGUUCAUACAACCUGUAAAUAUAUUUAUUUCAUAAUAAUAGUAUAUCUUUAUUAUCCUUGACGAAACAUUUUUAUAUCCGACUACAAAGGGGAUUGAUGUCUGUUACUGUAGUAUAAUUUCCGCCAGAGUGUAUUCAAUCUGAAACUUGAAGAAUGCAAAUCUUAGUCCUUUGCAUUGUAUAGUUGACAUAUUGAAUAUACUGAGCACCUUAAUAAGUUUUAUUUUUAAUAUUCCUGUCUAAAUAAAAUAUAAAUAAAUAUAUAUAUAUGCAAUUUUUUUUUAGUUCAUUAAAUGAUUAUGUUUAAAACAAAAUCCACUAAGUAAUUACAUAGGUAGCCAUACAACCACAAAAAAAAACAACAACUACUUAAUGGUGUAUCUCAGCAUUGGAAUCACAAUUUUUAUCUUAACUAUGAUCAUUGGUGAUCAAGUACAUUAGUUUAGUCUGUCAACUUGUUUGUGUAACAGGCCUUGUGAAAUGAUAUGUAAUUGUGUAACGAUGCUGCAAAAUUCAUGCCAACUCUGUGCAUUUUGCUGCCUCUGUUCCAUCAAGAAGUCUUUUUUUUUAUCAUCGACAUAUAUAUAUUUUUUGGGGGGGGGGGGGGUACAAGAAUUAACAAAAACUUAACUUUCUAAACCGCUAAAAUGGAUUGUGUUUGUGUUAGGUUUAAACUUAUCAAACAUUCCUACUUGAAAUGUAUUGUGUAUAUUUGUGCUGGAAUGUAGAGGUACCACAAGCAGUUGAGCUCAUUAGAUUGGCUCUUGGCCUCCCCCCCUGACAGGAGUAAAAAAAAAAGAGUAUGUUAAACAAAUGUUUUGUGAUCUCGAUGUUCUACUAGCAUUUACAUCAAGUGAUCACACCCACUUCUUCAGGAACCACCAGGUUUUGAAGAGCCCUUGAAUUAUUUUAUUCCUAGGCUGCAGGCAAAAACAGUGAAAAAAGGAAAACAUUCAUUUUGUUGUUCCCCUUAUUUCACUGGAAAAAAAAACCCAUCUUAGAAAUGAAAAAUCUUAACAGCAGUAAAAACAAAAUUCCUCCUGAAAUAUUUCAGUAAUCCAGUAAAUAAAUUGCCUCGGAUAAAAAAGCAGACAAUAGUCUCAUUUCUUUGGCUAUACAUGUUAAUAAAUAAUGACAACACUAGGUACAAUAGUUUUAAUGAUAGAAAAUAGUGAAUUAAAUAUUGGACAGAGCUGUCCAUUACUUUGCCUAAUUUGAUUCACCUAUAUUCUCUCAUUAUAACUAGUGUACCUAGUGCUGCCAUUAUUGAUAGGUAAUAUGAUUACAUCAUUCAUUGUUUCAGCACUUUUGUAUUUUCUAUUUUCUUUGGGCAGCAGGUAUUGAUAAAUCAUAAAGAUCAGAAGGCUUCUGCCUCAAUGAAUAUAUGACAUUGCUAAUUAUAAGGCUGUAUCUUUAUACAACUUAUGUGCGUACUUAGCCAGAAUAUCUUGUGUGAGAAGCAUGUUGUGCAUUGUAAAGACAUUGAACAUAUAUAUGAUAGCAAAUUUGUUCUUCCUGUGUCAGGUUUUAUUCAUUCCUUUAUUUUCUGUUAUGAAAGGGAUGGGUAUGUCAUACUACUUGCACCUUAGGUUGAAUCUUUGAGUAGGGAAAGAGAGACUAGAGACAGUUAUGAAUGUGAUAAAUACACUUGAUUUGACCAUCAUACUACUUGUCCUUUAGGUUGAAUCUUUGAGUAGGGAAAGAGAGACUAGAGACAGUUAUGAAUGUGAUAAAUACACUUGACUUGACCAUCUUUUUAUUCUCUGUUCAUUGGCACAUUUCAUCAUUGUGGCUCAAAGCUCAUUCUCUUCUUAUUGGUUUUCUAAGUCUUUGCUUUCAUUAUUUUGAUAAAUGAAGUGUAGAAGACUGUGUUCUGACUGCUAGAAGUUAAUUCAUGUACAAGUUUCAGUGCAUUAAUCUAGUUAAAAUUGUUAAGAAAAUAGAACUAUUUUUGCUUAAAUUUAGAAAGUAGUUAUAACUAUUUUUGUUUAAAUUUAGAAAAUAUAACUAUUUUUGUUUUUAUUAAGACAGUUGUCUCACUUUAAAGUUUACUUUUUUUUUUUCAUAAAAAAAUGAUAAAAUUUAAACAAAGUAGUUAUUUCUUCUCAUCUGUACAUUCAGUUCAGUUCAUUAUCUUCAAUAACUAAGUGAAAUGCUUAGUUCUUUUCAAAUAAAUCAGGAACAUUUAAAUCUGUCAGGAUUUAAGGAGUACUUCACUAGAAAUGGAAAAGAAAAAUUGCUUUUUUUUUUUUUGUUUAUUUUAUUUAUUUUUUAAGAGUGAAAAAAAAUAAUCCUUUAAAAUCUUUAUGGCAUAAAGCACUAAAUGAAAUCAAAACUUAUAAUUACAGAAAAUAAUUAGGUUGCUGGUAAUAGAAUCAGUUCAGUUGUCAUGGCCAAAGUUUAUGCCAAACCUUAAUGAAGAUUGCUUUUGCAAUUAGCUUCUAAGGAUUGCUUAAGAAUCCUUAAAACAGAACUGGUCACAAGACUUGUGGCAGACUCUGUGUAAAAAGACAUUGUUUGUGACCUUCCACCUGGCUGUUUCUUUUUGUUUUGUUUUCGCUUUCUUUUCUUAAACAUUACAUUUUUUAUUCUUUUCACAUGUCCUACAAUUGUCUACAUCAUAUCAAUCAAUUGUUUCCUUAUAACUGCUCUAGCUUCAACUAAAUUGUAAUCUUGCUAUUCAUUUUGAAGUUAAAAAAAUAUAUAUAUAUAUAUAUAUAUAUCUAACAAGAAAUUGUAACAAAGCAAAAACACAUGCAACAAGUUUCUUUUUAAUUGUUAAAUUAUCCUUGUAAACUAUUUAAUAUGAUUAAAUGUAUUUAUACGUAUAAUUUAUAUGUAAAACAUUGUAAUAACUUGGGCAUUAUUUCGACACAAUUAUUUAAGUUUUGAACUAUAAAUAAUAUAUAAUAAUAAAUAAUAUGUAUAGUUAAUUUUUCUGUAAUUUUGUAUUUUAGUAAGUAGUUUAAAAAAACAAACUGCAUAUACUUUCAUGCUUUGUAUUGCCACAAUUUAGCAAUGUAAUGUUUUGUAAAGGACUGCAAGACUGUCACUACCGUCUUACUUUUUCAAUACUUUUUAAUCAGAUUUUUAUCUCGACUUGGUGUGUGACAAGUUGAGUAUUAUUUAGAAGUGUGAAACUAGUGAGACUUCAAAUUGAAGUUAAGCCGUGUUGUUAUUGAUCCUGAUUGAUGCUCAGACUGGAGCAUGGAAGUAAAAGUUAUAACUCUAAACUUGUUAUUAGAACAUUAAGAUACAAUAGAGAAUAGUUUCAUUCAUCAAGUUUUUUUUUUUAAAUGUAUUUUAUUGAUAGAAUUUAGUAAAUUUAAACACAACUAUACUUCUAUACAUACCUUUUUUUUAUCUGUAUCCUUAGAAAUUGUACAAUAGUCUCACUUAUUAUUAUUUAAAAUUUUUGAAAUUUCAAAAUGAGUUUGGCACCAGCUUUACUUUGAUUUUGUACUGUGUUGACUGGGUUUAUUGAAUUGAAAGGAUUGACAAGUUGUGUGAUGUAAUUGCAUUGUGAUCGACCAGCUAGUUUUAGAUGUAUACAAGGACAGAGCAUGUAGAAUCGUGUUGUGAGGCUGCUUUGACUUGGACAGUGACAUAUUUUGAUGUGGUCUGUAGCAGGUUUGAACAUGUUCUAUGUGAAAUGUGGACUUUGAUCUGUUAUGGAAAGAAAGAUUUUGAGCAAACUUUUGUAUGUGUACAAAUGUAGUAUACAUAGAUUUCAUUUCUCAGAACUGGGCAUUAUUUUCCACAUUUAUUCUAGUUAACAUUUUCAUACUUCUUCUUUGCUUAAUCUAUCUCAGAGAAAUAUUUGUUUGUCCUGUUGAAUGAUGUAAAUAUCCUGAAAAGUUUAAAAAAAAAAUUUUUUUUUUUUUUAAUUCAUUUGCAAUAGUCUUGUCAUUUCAUUAAUUAGUUGUUAUUAAUUAAGAAAGUUAUUUCUUUUGUGUGUAGAUCCACUUAUAAUUUCUGCUCAUCCAACAUGUUUUUAAUUAUUUACUUGUAAUGUUAGGAGCAAUAACAUGGGCUUAACUUGUGCAGCAACAAACAGUAAGCAAGGCUUAAAAUGUACUUAGCCUGACAAGAAAAGAUAGGGCUUACCAGAUUAAUUGGGAGGGUUUGUGGUGAUAGAUUAUGUGCACUUUCGAUGUUUGCAAUGAAAUAUAAAGGGGGCUAUUGAAACUAGUGAUUGACCUUUGAAUGGAAGAAAUGGACAAAAGAUACAAUUUUUCUAAUCUUGAUUGAUCCCCUAUUUUGUUAACAUUGAAGGAGAAAAACUGAAGUUUCAAAAGGUUUUUUGCAUGCACAUUUUCUAUGGAUGUUGUCUAUUCUAGUAUUUAGUUCAGAUCUCAGGUAUAAACUAUUUAAAAGCCAACAUCUAUUAUUUAAAAGUGACAACUUACACUACUAUGUAUAAUCUUGUUACUAUUGCUAUUGUCAACUGUGUUACUAUAUUCAUGUAGUCAUACUAUCUAUAAACCACAUUCAGAAUAUAACAAAGAACUACUCGUCCCGUCGGUCACUUGUAUUCAUAACUAUGAUCUCAUGUCUUAUUUCUUGAUCAUAUUUUGUCAGCUGAUUCUAUUGUGUGAUAUUUUUCUUCAGAUACUUGAUUAAAAUGAUUUAAAUUUGAGAA